GCAGGAGAAGGCGGCCGUGGAGCAAGCGCGGCACAAGGAGGUGGAGCUCACACCUGCUGCUCGCCUUCGCAGGGCGGCCAACUCGGCCAGCAAGGCGGAGCGCAAGGCGGCUGCAGCUCGCAGGGCGCUGGAGGCACCUGACCAGGCGGUGGUAUCGGCGGCUGUGCAGGCCGCUGGCGAUCAACUGGAAGAGGCAGAGGAGCGCCGUGCAGAGGCCCGUGAGCGUUUGGUAGAGCUCGAGAUGGCGGCGGCAGCUGCUGAGUCGGAGUAGGAGCGGAGGCAAAUCUCCGAGGCGGGCUUGCAGGCGUUUCGUGGGCUCCUCCUGCAGCUGCGCACGUUGCUCUCGGCACACCAGACUGGGAAUUUCGCGGACGCCUGGCUGUCGACCAUGCAGCAGCUGGAAGCUGUGGAGGGGCGCUUCGCAGACCGCGACAGCUCGUCGGGGGCCCCGACCAGGGAGCGCACGUGCGACAGCUCCCCGCUCGAUGUGGACGAGGACUCCGACGUGGAGCUCAUGGGCGAGCUGGUGCCUGCGUCUGAACGCGGGCAGGCAGAGCGCCGCGGCUCGGCCGCAGGUGUCUGGCUUCAAGUACCAAGGAGUGUGCUGCAACAGCUGGUGGCCGAGGCUUCCGACCUGGGCCCGCUGGCGAUCGUGCCUUCGAGCCGCGCGGCGGCGCCAGGCGGCGGCCUGCAUCAGCUCUAGCAGCGGGCCCCCGGCGCGGCCCGCCUGGGGGCCGAGGC